AGUGUGAACAAAACAGAAGUGACCCUAUCAAACGGUUUCGGCGACGCGAUGAUUUCGAAGUAUCGCCAUUUGACACUUUCCCUCCCUGAUUAUAUAAAGGGCUCCUUUCCAAUCCCUAACAUGGAAUAUGCUUGCGUCCAUUCCAUUUCACUCUACAUUUUCUUUCGAUGAACGUUUCCUUCAGAUCUGCUUCCUCUUCAACGUCCUCUCUCUCGCAUCGCAUCCAUGCCUUCUCACUCUCGAAUUUUCAACCACCGCCAUCUCUCUCUCCCUCUCCAUCUCCAUCUCUCUCGCAACAAACACCUAUCUCUUCCUCCAACCACUUCCCUCGCAUGUUCUUCCCGCUCCCGCUUCGGUUGCGCCACUCUCCAGCUACAUCCUUUGAUCAUUCAGCAGUAUGAAUGCGGCGCUACGCGUAAUGUCGUUCCUACGAGAGCCUUCGACGAUGAUUCAUUUGACAUAUCAAUGCUUGAUGAUUGGAAUUCUGCUGAGGAAAGUUCUGCGUACGUGUUCUCUUCCAGUGAUGGGGAAGACAAUGAUGGUGAAGUUUUUCUCACUCCGGUGAAUGACAUUGAUUUGCCUUCUGUUUCUGCAUCAAAUGAUGAUGCUGUAACAGUGGCUACUCAUAGGUUUGCAACCCUUGGGAGGGGACAGAAGAAGCCGAGGGCCAAACUAGGGAUUUUCAUCACUAUGGGGCUUAUAAUUGUCUUGACAUUACUGCUCUUGUAUGUGGAUUGGUGUGCGUGGAGAAUUGUUAGGCUUCCCUUAUCACCUUUUUACUUAACCCGCCCAUUUCUCGUAUCAGCCUUUUUGGUUUCUUUUGCUGGCUAUGUGGGCAUCCCAAUUUUUCGUCUUUUUAAAUUUAUCCAUGUAAUCAAGCAACAAGGGCCUGCUAGCCAUCGAACCAAAAAGCUUACACCAACAUUGGGUGGUUUGCUUUUUGUACCUAUUGGUAUAAUUGUAGCUCAUGUCUAUGCUAGUUCCUCGUCAACAGCAGUUUCUGGGGCAGCUGGCGCAACUAUUGCAUUUGCUGCAGUCGGUUUACUUAGUGAUAUAUUAAGCCUCACCAACCAUCGGAGAGUUUUGCCUGCAUUGACAGAAGUUCUUUUGCAGGUAGCCGUUGGAACGUGGUUUUCAUUUUGGUUGGACAUCACCAGUAUAUCUUCACCCUAUGGCAUGAAGAUGCUGGUUCCUCUGCCAUUGGGCCUCGUGUACUUGGGAAGAUGUUACCAACUCUUGACAUCAUUUAGUUUUGUUUCCAUGGGACAUGGUGUUAAAUUAGCGGAUGCUAUUGACGGAUUAGCUGGAGGUACCGCUGCACUGGCGUUUACUGGAAUGUCAAUAGCUGUUCUUCCAGUAUGUUCUGAUCUUGCUAUAUUUGGGGCUUCAAUGGCUGGAUCUUGUGUUGGAUUUCUUCUACACAACAGAUACAGGGCGUCUAUAAUUAUGGGUCACACAGGAUCUUUGGCACUUGGUGGUGGGUUAGCUGCAAUGGCUUCAUGUACUGGAAUGUUCUUCCCGCUACUCAUUUCUUCCGGAAUUUUCGUUGUUGAGUCAUUAUCAGUUAUCAUCCAGGUAUUAUACUUGAAGAUAACUAAGAGCUUCCGAGGAGCAGGUUGGCGCGUUUUGAGGAUUCCUCCCUUUCAUUACCGCCUCCAAUUACGUGGGUUCAGAGAACCAAAUAUUGUAUUAGGUGCUUAUCUUAUAUCAUCUAUUUUGGCUUUGCUUGGCGGCUAUGUAGGUCUAGUUUCAGCAUAACAUUUCAUAGGGAUUGUUAAACAAAUGAGACAAUUGAACAGUUUCGAGUUUUGAUGUCUGACCUUAGAAGAUGGGAAAAUAUAAAAGUGAUAGAGUUGCAAUCCGUACCUUCGGUUUCAGAAUACAUACAUCACGCCAUCUUAACCAUUGCUUGAUAUCAGUCUUAAAAAAGGAUUAUUGCUUGUUAUCAUUCCAACAAAUGCCAACUACUUCAUUGCAUAAACAAUAUUCUUAUAAUAUUAUUGACACCUAUCCCCACUGUUACAGCAUUACUCACAUGUCAUAUCAAAUUCUCUUCUAACCAUGAUCAUAAAGGUCUCAAUCCUUAGAUAUAGACAUAUAUGUAUCCCAUGCGGGCCUUGUACAUAGGCGCCCUUGUGAAAAUCAUGGGUCUAACAUGACAAUAGUAUUUUUAUCAUUUUCUUCAUCAGAAGUGUCUUUGUUUUGAGUCAUGCUAACAUGCCAUUUUCCAUCGAAGCAAGGGAGAAUAUUAGAAGAAACUUCCUGAGCCAUAUUCAACUGACAACUGAUGUCCAAUGCGUUGUCCUGCUAUACUAGUGUUAACAACGAAUAGGCUUUAAAUACUCUAUUGUAGUGUAGUACAGUGGGACACAUCUUCAUGCUCACCAUUUGACGAAAUGCUCGUCAUAGAAUAUCUAUGCAAGAGAAAUUUCUGUCUUCAGAUUUCCUUCUGUGCUAGCAUUCUUUCUAUGAUUCUGUGUUCAUUUUUUAACACGUUGCAGUUAAGUUUAGAAAAAAUAUUUUAUUUUUUUUCUUUUAUGAGAAAGAGACAAGGCAUCCUUCACAUGGUCGGCAAUCAUUUUUCAAUCUAAGUAAUCAUAUAUGAUGCCAUUAUUUUUAAAUCAUCAGCUUCUAUAUU